CAUAACUCAUCUUUUUUCGUCUCCGGUCAUAAAUAAAUGCCCAAAUAGACUGGGUGGAUUUGGGCUUUGGGAGAUUGUAAAAAGUUCGUUUAUUACGUGUGUGGUAUUUUAUCGGAUAAAAUUAAUCUCCGAUGAUAUGCAAGAUGAGAAUAUAUAAAAUUUUGUAUUGUAUUUGUUAGAAUCCGAUAAAAUUUUAGCCCAGUUUAAAGCUAUUUAUGCCAAAAGUUUUCAGAUCCAUAUAAUCAAAGCCAUGUAAACCAGAUAUUGUAAAAAAUAAAUUCAGAAUUGUUUGUCUAGGUUAGAAUUUUAGAUUUUGAAAAAAUUGUAUUUGUCAAUUUUUUGUCAUCCUUGCCAUUUUAUUUAGUUUGAUCAAAACUAAAAUAUAUUUCCAUAAAUAACAAGAAACAAUUUCAAUUCUCGACAAAAUGCCAAAAGCCAAGAAAAACCGUCUCGCUCAAACCCACAAAUUGGCUUCUUUGUCGGAUCACUUAUCGAAAGCGACAAAUUUCACGUCAGAAGAGGUCCGAAUGUUGCUCCUCAUUCAUCAAAAAAUGGAGGAAAUUGGGCCCUUGGAUAGAAACCGUUUUCGUGAAAUUCUCAGCAUUGUAUUCGCCAUUACAGACGACGUAAUGUUGGACCUCGUGUUCCGCGCUUUUGACCACGAUCAGGACGGAUUUAUCAACGAUAUCGAAUGGGUUCGUGGCAUGUCGACCAUGUUGCGCGGAACGUUGGAACAGUUGACUGAUUUUACGUACAACGUUUACGACAUGAAUGGCGACGGUUCACUUGCCCGAGAAGAAUUGCACCACUGUUUGAAAGGCUGCAUCUUGUCCGGAUAUGGGAUCGAUGACGAUGAGAUUGAAGACUGCGAGAGGGACAUUGUGGAAAUUGCGAUGAAAAAAUUGGACACUGAUCGCGACGGUCAAAUCACGUACGAAGACUUUGUCCGCGCCGUUAAGAAGGAUGCCCUCUUACUACAAGCGUGCGGCUGUUGUAUCCCAAGUACCCGAUGCGCCUCCGCCUUCCAAUCCCUCAUCACAGAACGGUACCACCUGCAUUCCGCUCUCUAUCCGAAAAUGCCUUCCGCCAGGAAGGACAAACAGAGCCGGGUGUUUCCCGGAGUCAGUGCCAGCAGCCGAGGAAAACUUUCGAAACGGCCGCAUUCGAGUCAAAUGCUGCAUUUGUCCAGCCUGAGUGACCGUGAAGGGUCCAUGGCCAUCGUUUCUACCACCAAUUCGUCCCACGAGGACAUUCCGGUCGGUCCUAGGGCGUCGAAAGCCGUCAAUUCGUCGGACCAACACCUCCGACGGAUGAGUCUUAGCAUUGUCAAGUACAUGCAGCUGGAUUCCACCGGAAGGUCGUCGGGCGAGGCUAGUCAGAAGAAGUUGUCUGGCUCCCAGGGGGUGGUGGUCAACAGUAUUGCGGCACAUCUUGGACUUAUUUCGGUUAAGCGGUGAUAAUG